AUGCAAGUAGUUUCUAGACACUCGACCGCACACCAGAAGCGGGUCCAUUCUAUUAAACCGAGCAGCACAAGGUUAAAAAGAAAGAAGGAAAGAACGGCUGAGUCGUACUUACAUCGAGAGCGAGCCCCUGUCCUUUCCCAACACCGGGGCAAAAGUUUGCGCCCGCGCUCCGCGCAGCGACGAAAGCUUCGGGUUGUGUUUGAAACGACUUUCGAGCGCUUCCUGGCGAUCGCUUUGUGGCCGCCAAUUAACCGCCCCCUUCCUGCCGUCACGCUAAUAAGCCCACAGUCCCCCGGCGUCGGUUUCGGACGCUGGCGACCAAGCACGCAAGAGGAGCCGCGGCGAGUCCGCCGGCCGCCCCACGAGGGGGGGGGGAGGAGGUGGUGCGCACGGCCCGCCGCCCCCCUCGAAGAUACUUACGCGUCGUCUUACGCCAUCGCCUUCCUUCGGGUCCCUGCCCGGGCUCGGCAGCGGGCGGGGGACGAAGGCGCGCCCGCUCCACGCUUUCGUUCCCUGAAGUCGCCGCCGCCGCCUCAGCGGGGCUUUGGAGGGAAGGGAGGCGUCCGAAGCCCUUCGCGCUCGUCUCUGCCUUUUCUAUGUCAUCCAUUAACAGUAUCCCAUCUUUUCCUCCCAGGAGACCUACGAUUCCUUGUUCUUCCUCUGGCUCCAAACAGAGGCAUUGGACUGGGAGUUGCUGUUCGGGAAUAUGGGGAACUUUCCAAUCUGGACAAAUUUUAUUUUGCAUUUCCAGGAGAGGUUCUAAUGAGAAUGCUCAAGCUCAUUAUAUUACCAUUAAUUAUAUCAAGCAUGAUAACAGGUGUGGCUGCUUUGGACUCCAGUGUUUCUGGAAAGAUCGGCUUGCGAGCAGUUGUGUACUACUUUUUCACUACAGCUUUAGCUGUAAUCCUAGGAAUAGUAUUGGUUGUGACCAUCAAACCAGGAGUAUCUCAGAAGGCUGAUGAAAUUGACAGGAUGGGUAGUACACCUGAAGUGUCUACAGUGGAUGCAAUGUUAGACUUGAUUAGGAAUAUGUUCCCAGAAAAUCUUGUACAGGCUUGUUUUCAACAGUAUAAAACUAAACGUGAAGAAAUAAUAACCACUAGUGGAGAUAAAAAUGGCACUAUCCCUACAGAAGAGCCACUCACAUCUGUGAUGCCAACAGAUACCUCACAGAACAAAACUAAAGAAUACAAAAUAGUGGGCAUGUAUUCUGAUGGUAUUAAUGUGCUUGGCUUGAUAGUCUUCUGUCUUGUCUUUGGAAUUGUUAUUGGGAAGAUGGGAGAAAAGGGGCAAGUGCUAGUGGACUUCUUCAAUGCACUAAAUGAUGCCACAAUGCACAUCGUUCAGAUAAUAAUGUGGUAUAUGCCGUGUGGUAUUUUAUUUUUAAUUGCUGGAAAAAUAAUAGAAGUUGAAGACUGGGAGAUUUUUCGCAAACUGGGUCUUUAUAUGGCUACUGUACUAAGUGGACUUGCAAUCCAUUCAGUAGUAAUUCUGCCGUUAAUAUACUUAAUCAUAGUCCGGAAAAAUCCAUAUAAGUUUGCUAUAGGAAUGGCUCAAGCACUUUUGACAGCACUUAUGAUUUCCUCCAGCUCUGCCACUUUACCUGUCACCUUUCGCUGUGCAGAAGAAAAAAACCAUGUUGACAAGAGAAUUACUCGAUUUGUUUUACCAGUUGGAGCUACAAUCAACAUGGAUGGUACUGCACUAUAUGAAGCAGUGGCUGCUGUUUUUAUUGCACAGCUUAAUGACCUAGAGCUAGAUAUUGGCCAGAUUGUAACCAUUAGCGUAACAGCAACAGCAGCCAGCAUUGGAGCUGCAGGAGUGCCACAGGCUGGAUUAGUUACCAUGGUAAUUGUACUGAGUGCAGUUGGACUGCCAGCUGAAGACGUGACCCUCAUCAUUGCAGUGGACUGGCUUCUGGAUCGAUUCAGAACAAUGGUGAAUGUUCUUGGUGAUGCCUUUGGAACUGGAAUUGUGGAGAAGCUCUCCAAAAAUGAACUGGAGCACAUGGAUGUCAGCUCUGAAGUCAACAUAGUGAAUCCCUUUUCCUUGGAAACAACCAUGCUUGACAGUGAAGAAACAGAAACCAAGAAAUCCUAUGUGAAUGGAGCCUUUGCCAUAGAUAAAUCUGACACCAUAUCAUUCACGCAGACAUCACAAUUCUGAAUCUGACAGACUGGCAGGGGACUAACACUGGAUUUAAACACCUGGGAGGCGCCGUGUUGACUGGGCCCCUUACACUCCUGACUCCCCACAUGCUGUGCUUUCUCCUCAGCCUGCAUUCUCAUACAGGCAUAUCAGGAACGAGGCACAGGUUCUGUGUUUCACAAGUCCCUCCACUCUUCAGCUGCCACAACACAAUCACCACACUCAUUCCACUCCUCCUCUUGCAUAGGCUACCAGUGUUUUGCCUUCCACCACAACUAGGAACAUGGCCACUCUCCCUACACAGUCAUUUGAUGGGGGAGCAAGUGAUAUGUUCAGAGCUGUGGAAAUCUCUAGGAGAGCCCAGUGCAGAGAUAUAAGCAUAUCCUUGGCAGAAACAUGAUUGCCAAGAAAUAUGUAGCAUUAGAGGACACACAUAACAGAGAAACUGCACUCAACAAGCUAAAAUUAUCCAGCAUUACUGUAUAGAAACUCUAAAAGACAUCAUCACAGAUAGUUACUUUGAAAGCUAAAGAGAGUAUAUACCCCUUUCAUACAGAGGCAUAUAAUUUUCCCCACUUCUUAAUUUGCAGCGUUUGAGCAUUCUAGACAGACUAUAAAACUGUAGUUUUUAAAAAGUUUUACUAUAUUCCUGAAGAUUUACGGUGUCUGCUUGCAAUGAGCAUGGUUAUAGGUGAAGGCAGAGAACUGAAAGAUGCAGUAUGUUCUUUUCUGAGGCAUAGUACAGUUUUUUCCAAAAAUCUAUUUUGUGCAUAGAAUUUCUCUCUCUUUUUGGCAUGGGUGGGAAUCCUUUCACUUUUGUUACUUUAAUACCUUGUUGGAUAUUUCUGUCUAUAUUGGCUGAAAUCCUAUUGGCAUAAGUUAACAUGCAAGGUACUGGGCUUUCUAGGAAUCCAUUUUGCCCUUGAGAAAAUUUUGGGAACCUUUGGAAGGUGGAAGAGUGUUGGAAAAUCACUGCCUGUUUACCACCAACAGCCCUAAUGCAGUGGCAGGAACCUUAUUGGUAAUUUUCCAAUAUUAAAAAUCCCUCACACACCCCCACCCGAAGGUUCCCAAAGGCUUUCCCAUAGUAAAAGAAAUCCUUAGGGAGGCUUAGAAUCUGAGGAGAGGAGAUGAUAGGAAGUUUAUAGUUUAAUUAAAUUGAAGAUUUCCGUCAUUGCACAGCAUACAUUCACAUCAAUAGAAUUUCAGCCAUUGAGUCUAUGUCAAAACAUUAAUUCUUAUACUAUAGUUAAUCAUUAAGUAGGGAAAACUCAUGGAAAUGAACCCAUAAUAAGUAUUAAUUAUUAUUUUUUGAGAGAGAGAAUGAGAGAGAAUUUAAAGCAAAUGAUUCUGGAAACUGGAUGUUACUGCAUAAGACUCUUCAUUAUUAUUAUUAUUAUUUUCAUCAGAAAUUAUUGAAGGAUGUAAUAGGAUUUCAACUGCUGAGCUAAUCACAGCAGCUGUGCAGCAAACAAAAAUUCUAUUUACUUUUCUUCUUUGGGUCAUUUGGAAGUGGCAGAUAUGACUUCAGACAGUAUUUACAGAGAAAACAGAUAAAGAUAGAGGGUAGAGUCAAGUGGUUUGCAGGUAGACAUCUGCUCAUGCAGCAGACAUUCCAUUAUUUUCUUCCCUCUGUACUUCCCACAUAUCCUCAAAAUGAUCUCCUUUGUAGCAGACCUUGAGGGCCUGUGGGGAUGAAUUACUACCCCUUUGUUCUACUGUUAUAAGUUUUCUCUCAGUGGGAAGGGCUGAAUGGACACAAUUCGAACUGCAUAGCUAUUCAUGGCUUGAGGAUAAUUUAAACUUCCAAAAUUCUUCUGUCAGUUCCACUGAAUAAUCGCUCCUGUUUCAUUCAGUUUUGUUUGCUGCUUGCUCCAAUUUUUUCACUGAACCUGUAAACAUUCAGUGGCAAAUUGCUAGACCUGCUGACAAAGAUGAGUCAAUGAGAUCUCAGUAUAUCUACCAGCAUAUGUCCACUGAAUGGUGAAAAAGAAUUAGCAGCUUUCUACAGUCAUUCAUAACAUAAUGAAGACAUGUUCUCAUGUUCUUAAAAUGUCAGUAUGGCUUUAACAUUCCAAAAUAUUUAAUAUUUUGCUUCGUAUCUACUUCUCAGAUUCUCAUAUUGUAAUUUUCUUCUUACAUAACUAAACGUAUUGCAGCAUAUAAAGUUAUGUGGUUUUGCCCAUUACUUUUUAGCCCUCUGCCUUGUAACACAAAGUAACAUUCAAAGACCUUUUUUGUAAAUAAGCUUGUGUUCAACUGAGGAAUGCACUUAAUUACUAUAAAGAAACACAGAAAUUUAUGCAGCAUUCAGACAGACCCAGUCUUACACUUUUGUACUCAGUAACAAAGCCACAAUAUGUGCCAAAGAGAACUGAUAAGAAAAUAUAGAUAGAACAAGUUUUAUAAAUUGCACUUUAAUUUAAGUGAGAGACAUAAUACUGUAUGUAUUUAAAUAUUAUAAGCUAUAAAUGCAGCGUGCAUAUAAAGUGCAAGUGUUGAUAUGUUUAUACAAAAUAAAGGAGUGUACAGUGUAAAUCA